UCAUAGUUUUAGACUUUAGUUACUAGUUUACUACUUACUAGCAUGACAAGAUAGAUGUUUUGUUAUGAUUACUACUUACUAGUUAGUAAUCUGGGUUUAAUAUAUUAUUAUGUUUGUUAUUUGUCAGCUCACGUGUGUUCACCUUUAUAGUGGAUAUUUAUAAAUUUUAGAUUAUGUUAAUUGGUUAUAUCACGCUUUUUUUUACUGUAAAAUGAAACACGUGAACACGUUAUAUUCUUAUAUUACACAUUUUUAGAUCCGGUAUAAACAGUAAUAUUUAUUAAACUUUUAAAUGAAUAAUAGAUAGAAAGUCAACAUUGUUCCAAGUCACCAGGACUGAUGGCAUUCGUCAAUUUCUGUAUGAAACAGUCAACAGUUGUCCUAAGAUAACAAAUAAUUGAAAGUUACUAAGAGUAGGUUAUACCUACUGAAGAAUUAAAAGGUUGUUUUAAAGUAUAUUAGGGUAUACAGAAGUCAUAUAUUGUGAAGAAUUUUAUUGAAGAUGUAAUGGAUUAGUGGAUUACUUAUAUGUGACAUUGUUACAAUCAAAUAUCAAUAAAUACAAUAUCUAAUACUAAAUAUAUUUAAGUAACAUGAAUUAACUUAAAGUUUAAUAGUAUUUGAUGUUUUUGUUUAAGAACGGAAAAUAAUAGUACAGGAAGAAAUUAUUAGAGAAAAUAAUUAUUUCUAAAUAAAAACUCUAAAAGAAAACUUAAAUAAUUCUAAAAACAUGGGUGAAAUAUUAAAAAGUGAUAUAAAUAAGAUUAAGACUGAAUUUUCAACGUUGUUACCUGCUAAAAACUCACAAUCUGAAGAAUUAGAUUCAAUAAAUAGUAAUCAUAUUAAACAUAUUCCAAUUGUAAAUAAACCUGUUCUAGGUGACGUAUGGAAUGUAUAUGUCUCAAAUAUAAAUUCAUUAAAAUAUUUUCAUGUACAGAACAUUGAAAAAUAUGAAUAUAUUCAAUCAAUUAGUUCAGAAUUAGAAAAAUAUAUUUCAACAUCAAAUAAGCUUCCAAAAGUAGGAAAUUUAAUUGCCGCACGUGAUUACAAUGGUUUUUGGUAUAGAGCUAAAGUUCAAAGCAUAACUGAAAUGGGACUUUAUGUAUGCUUUAUUGAUUAUGGAAUUUCUAAUGUAUUAAUUACAGAUUUUAAAGAACUACCAAAAGAAUUUAUCAGCGUAAAACCUAUGGCUUAUCGUUGUUAUUUUAAAAGUGUAUCAAAUGAAGAUGAUAAUCAAUUAUUUGCUUUAGAUUUAUUUGAUUCAAUUUAUAAAUUCUAUAGUUCUUAUCAAAUAACUGCCACUUUUUUAAGCAAUAAUGAUCCAUAUUUAGUUACAUUAUCACAUAACGGAAAUAAUGUUUUUGAUAUUUUAUACAAUUUAGUUUGGGACGGUAUUGUUCCUAACAUAUCUGAAGAUCCAAUAAAUUUUGCAAAAUUUAAAAUGUUGAAUGAAAAAUUUCUAAAUUCUAGGACGGCAGUUACCCGUAUUGAACCUAUUUUAUCCAUGAAUCAUUUUUAUGUUGAAACCGAAUUAAGUUAUCAAAUUGGCAUAGCUAUCAGGACUGAAAUUGAAAAUCAGACAAAAUGGAUCCCAGUGUUACAUCCCGAAGAAGGUCAAAUAGUAAUUGCUAAAAGUAUGAAUGAUUUAAAAUUAUAUCGGGCAAGGGUUAUAAUGAAAUAUGAUGAUCGUGAAGAGUAUAGAUGUUUUUUAAUCGAUUGUAUUAAAUUUGAAAACUGUUUUGAAUUAUUUGAACCCAGUGAUUAUCUACUAACAGCACCUCCAGUUAAAAUACACUGCUCUUUAAAUUUAUCAAAAAAUGUUGGUAGUCACUUUCUUGAAAGCAUGAAUCUUGCUUUUAUUAAUGAAAUAGCUGAAUGCAUUGAUAAGUCAAAAAUCAUGUACAUAAAAAAAAUUGGCAAUCCAUGUGUAAUAGACUUGGAGAUUGAUGACUUAAAUGUUAUUCAAUUAAUUAAACCUUAUGAAGUGAGAAUUAUCCAUGUUUUGAAUUUUAAUUCUUUCAAAGUCCGGUUGAAUUCACUCGGAGCAAAAAAAAUCCUAGAUGUUCUAAACUCUACUAAAAAAUUUAUGAUUGUUUCCAAACCAGAAAUUUUCAAACUAUAUGUAGCUAAAAUUCAAACACAAUACAAGAGAGUAAAAUACAUGGGUGAACAUGAAUCAAGCUUUAAAGUAAAACUUAUAGACGAAGAACAUCAGAAGAUAAUAGUCAAUGAAUUAUAUGCACUUCCUAAAUCAAUAAUAAAUGUGAAAACUGCAGAUUUGUAUUGUUCUCUUGAAUUAAAUAAAAUGUCUUAUUCUAACAAAUUGUUUGUUGAAAUUUGUAAUAAUGGUAAUACAAAAUUUAAAAUGGUUGUCAUUAAAAGUAACCACUUACAGUCUCAUAUUGUUAAACUUUUUUUAGAUUCAAAAGAUAUUACAUCAAUAAUUUGUAAUCCACCUACAUAAGGAUUUUCUUUUAAGUACAAAUUUAGAAACAUUGACCAUUGUUAUUGUGAAGUGAAUUAUAAUAUAUACAACUAUCUAUUCUGUAAUAGUUGCAUAUUAUACCAUAUAAUAAUAAUUAUUGACUAGUGACUACCAUAUAGGUAUUUUAUUUAAAUUAAUCACUUAAUACUUAGGUACG